AUGAAUUCACAACAAGUAGAUGCUAAAUUACAUAAAGUCCAAGAGUCUGCUAUCAAGAAAAAGGCUGGCCGACCAAAACUCAACAAAGAUUUAAACGAAAAUCCAGAAUGCAAAAUUAAAAGUAAAGUUGGUCGAAAACCCGGACCAAAACCAACGAUCGAAAUUAUCGAACAAAGAAAAAUAAGAGGUAAAGAAUCCCAAAGAAGAUAUCAAAUGAAAAAGAAACAAGAGUUAAACAGAUUGAAAGAUUUGGAACAAGAAUUAAAAAUAAUGAAAAGAUAUAAUUCAACAGAAUAUAUUAAAGGAUUAAAAAGAUAUAUUAAAGAAUUAAAAGAUGAAAGACUCGCAUUCAAAAAAGAAAAUGAAGAGAUAAAAAAGGAAAAUGAAAUUCUAAAAAUGGAAAUUGAUGAAUUCAAAACUGAGAAAAAGAAAUUAGAUAAAGAAAAAACCGAAUUUGAAGAAAUGAUAAAAGAUCUCGAAAUAAAAUUCUCAAAUAAUAAAGAUAUAAAAGAAAUAGAGAUAAUUGAAGAAAAAGAAAUAAAUAAAGAAAGUGAAGAAAUGGAUUACAACGAAGAGGAAAAAAUUGAUAAUGAUAAUGUUCAAAAUGAACAGAUUCUUGAUUAUAAAGAUAAUAUUAUUCAAUUUUUGGAAUUGAAUGAAUAUGAAAUUAAUGAAAAUUUCAUUAAAGAUUAUAUUCAUAAUGAUAGAGAUAAAGAUCUUUUAGUUUAUAAAUAUGAUUUUGAUUUUCUUGUAUGUUGUAAAUUUAGACCAAAGGCAAAAGUUGGUUUUAAUGAUGUUGAGAGAAUUUUUAAUGCAGCUAGUUUUUACAAUUCUCAAGGUGUGAUUGUAACAAAUACUGAUUUUUCUCCUAAAGCACAAUAUAUUGCUAAGAAAUCUAAUAUUAUUUUAUCUUAUUCAAAUAAUAUUGUUAAAGAUUUAAAUUUGUUUAUAGAAAAAAAAUUAGAUAAAGAAGAAUUAGAUAUUCUUUAUGAUAUUCUUUAUGAAUAA